GGGUCAGACGACCCUGAAUCAGUAAAACAGGAAGAAGAUUUCCCAUCAUUUGCUGAAUGGACUCAGAAAGUUCUUGCUGAACAAGAAAAAACUAAACAAGAAAGCAAGACUACAACAGGGAAAGCCUCACAACCAUCAACCAAUCAGAAGAAACUACGCAAUAAUUAUGCAUCAAAAGCGUGUGGAGCGAAGGUGUUAGCAGCCAAUCCUGAAUCUGAAAAUAUCAACCAUGUUUUAACAGCUAAUAAAGAUGAAUACAUGAUUAAUCCUUGUAGCUCUAAAAAAUGGUUUGUAUUAGAACUUUGUGAACCUGUACAAGUUAAACUUCUAGAACUCGCCAGCCUUGAACUUUUCUCUUCUCAACCCAAAUCUUUUCGUGUUUCAAUCAGUGACAGAUAUCCAGCUAAAGAAUGGAUCCCACUUGGUCUGUACGAAGCUAGCGAUGAAAGAUCUGUCCAGUCUUUUCAAGCCUUGAACGACCAGUUUGUUAAAUACGUCAAAGUAGAAUUAAUAGAACAUUAUGGAAAUGAACAUUUCUGUCCUGUAACUCUCUUCAGGUGA